AUGGCGACGAGUUCCAAAAUACUGGAGUCGCAUUAGGUGACGCAGAUACCGCUAGCCAGAGACUUCUGCUAGUUUUUUUUUCCCGCUGCGACACUUUCUGCUGUCUAAUACCGGAGCCGUGAGCGGCUUAUCGAUCGCGUGCCCGUGGGUUUUACUGUUGUGCUGCUAACAUGGAGGAGGACUUGGACCUGCCAGCUGAGAGGGAGACUAAGGAUUUUCAAUUUAAGCAGUUAAAAAAGAUCCGAGUCUUUGAUUCGCCAGAUGAUCUCCCAAGGGAACGCUCCACUCUUUUGGCGAUAUCCAACAAGUAUGGACUUCUCUUUGCCUGUGGACCCACAGGUCUGAAGAUAUUUCACACAAAGAAUGUUCUCGUCACAAACCAGGCUGGGGAAAACCCAAACAAUAUUGUUGGGGCCAGUCCUGAUAUUGAAGUGCCUUUGCAACUACCUGUGCAUCAUGUUGCUUUAAGUGCUGAUAGCCUCACGUUGUCGUUAUGUAUGGCCUCUAAAGACAACGGGACCUUUAUCUCUUUUUAUGAUGUCCGGACGCUGCUAAACAAGUCUACACCGCAGAAACACGCAUUUGCUUAUCAUAAGUUAUCAAGAGAUUCCAACUCCUUUGUGUCAGACCUUAAAUGGAACCCUGGAAUACCCACGUUGGUUGCAGUGUGUCUGUCUGACGGUAGCAUAUCCGUCUUAGAAGUGAAGGACAUCGUUAGCCAGUUUGCCAACCUCCCAGCCUCUUUGGGUGUGACGUCAGCGUGCUGGAGCCCUAAAGGGAAGCAGCUGGCUGUGGGCAAGCUAGAUGGCACCGUUGUGCAGUACCUCCCGAAUCUACAAGAAAAGAAAGUGAUUCCAUGCGCCUCCUUCUAUUCUUCUGAAAACCCAGUAAAAGUGCUGGAUGUGUUGUGGCUCAGCACAUACGCCUUUACGGUGGUAUAUGCCGCUGCUGAUGGCUCUCUCGAAACCCCUCCCCAGCUUGUGGUCGUUCUCCUUCCGAAAAAGGACGAGAGACGAGCUGAGCGCUUCUUAAACUUCACUGACACAUGCUUCGGCAGCGUUGAGAGGCAGCACCAUUACUUUCUGAACUUCAUUGAGGACUGGGAGAUUCUCCUGGGGGCAUCUGCCACAUCUAUAGAAGUCAGUGUGAUUGCCAAGGCUGAAGAUCAGGUCAACUGGGAAUUGUGGUUACUGGAAGACUCUGGUCGGGCUGAGCUCCCUGUGACGGAUAAUAGUGAUGACACACUUCCUAUGGGAGUGGUUGUGGACUACACCAGCCAGAUGGAAGUGUUUAUAAGUGAGGAGAAGAUACUUCCUCCGGCUCCCGUACUUCUCAUUCUAUCUACGGAUGGCGUUUUGUGUCCGUUCCAAAUCAUCAAUGUAAACCCACGUGUAAAGCCUGUCACCGUGUCUCUGGAGCAGCUGUCCCUGGAAGGAGGACGACAAAUGCAGCCUCUCGCAGCAUUAUCUGUACCACCUGCAGCCUCCCCAGCCGCUGCCGCACCUGCAGUAGCUUCCCUUGCAUUCAGCCUUCCUACAUCUGUCCCUGCAUCAAACUCACCUUCGGCAUUUUCCUUUGGAACUUCAGCAGCCUCAGCCAAAAUUGCCGCCCCGCCAGCGUACUCCUUCCAGCCCAUGCAGGGAUCUGCGACUUUUGGGGCAGUUGCAGCAAAGCCAGACAUUGCAGCUAGCGCACCACAAAUCGCAUCACCGUCCAUCUUCACAGCAGCCGCUGCUGCUUCCAGUGUCAAAGUGAACCUCAAGGACAAAUUCAGUGCCCUAGAAACAGCACCUGCUCUAUCCAGCAGUGUCACAAUGCCCACUACCUUCAUCCCUAAUUCUACAAAGACACUUGGUGAAGUGGCUUCCCGUGCACCCGCACCCUCCUUCCCAUCUUUGGGGUCUAUAACUGCACACAAGCCUAUUACUCCUGAGGUGACACAGUCUGCGCAGAAGUCCGCACGAGUUAACCCACCUGCAGCCAAGCAAGCUACUCCACAGGCAAACACUUACUUGCAGAAUCAGACUAAACCAUUGAAGGAUUCGGAUCCAGUACUUACUGCCAUACAGGAGGAGAUAACGCAUUUCCAGAAGGAAAUGAACGAAUUAAAGAACAGCACAGCCAACAGCGAUUUCUUUUUGGGCAAAGAAGAGGAGAAACGACAGCUGCGGACAGAGACCGAAAACCUUAACGCCUUUGUGCUUGACAUUAAGGAAACAACAGAGUCUCUUCAUGGAGAUGUCGGCACUCUAAAAACCUCCAUCCUCGAGUCGUUUGCCAGCGUGCAAGGCGCCAGAGAAGAGAACGAACGGAAACAAGAUUCUAGGUACCGGCAUCUCCUAUAUAAGAAACCGCUGGACCCUAAGAGCGAGGCGCAGAUGCAGGAGAUCCGCAGGUUGCACCAGUACGUGAAGUUUGCUGUUCAGGAUGUUAAUGAUGUAUUAGAUUUGGAGUGGGAUCGGUACUUGCAAGAGAGGAAAAAACAAAAGGGCCUGGUAGUUCCAGAGCGUGAGACUUUGUUUAACACUUUAGCUAAUAAUCUCGAGAUCAUCAACCAGCAGAAACGACGUCUGAACCAACUGGUAGACAGCCUGCAGAAGCUGCGCUUGUACAACCAGACCUCUCAGUGGAACACGCCGAUAGAGGAGUCCAGCAGCAAAAACAGUUUUGAAGUGGAGUUAGAAAGUUUGCGAAAUGCUUUGUCCAAAACUACUAUUGAGGCACAAAGUAAACCCUUGCCUAAAGUGCCCCCAAAACUCUCUUCUGUGAAGCAAAGCCAGCUGAGAAAUUUUCUAACCAAAAGGAAGACUCCCCCAGUCAGAUCACUUGCACCAGCUUGCCUUUCCCGUUCAUCAUUUUUGGCCCCCAGCUAUUAUGAAGAUUUAGAUGACGUGAGCUACACAUCUUCCUUGUCCGAGGCUGCUGAUACCGAUGACCGGCGAGUAGCACCACAGGAGAUAGAGAGACAAGAGACUCCUCCCCCAGAACCGUCUACUGUCAGAGUCCCACGACAUGCACCUGUGGCCCGUACUGUAUCAAUACAGCCCAACUUUGUUUCUCCAUCGUUUGGAAAACCCCAGUUGGGACCUGGCCCUAUAAGCAGUACACCCGCUCCUUCUGCCCAGUCAAUCAGAGUGAUUCCCCAAGGAGCAGACAGCACCAUGCUCGCAACAAAAACUGUGAAACAUGGGGCGCCUACUGUUGCUGCCACCCAAGCUGCUGGUGCUGCUGCUCUGAGGAGACAGAUGGCCUCUCAGGUCCCAGCGCCCCUUACUGAAUCCACCUUACAGACUGUUCCCCAAGUUGUGAAUGUGAAGGAGUUGAAAGGCAAUGGGCCUGGACCUACCAUUCCCACUGUGCUAGGGCCGUCAGUACCACAUUCUGCUGCCCAAGUUAUACACCAGGUUUUGGCUACUGUGGGAUCGACUCAAGCUAAACAGGGCUUUCCAACAGGUGCUGUAAAGAUGGCGCCAGUUCCUACAUCUGCUCAUGGCACUGCUGCAGCAUCAGGGUUGGGAGCCGUAUCCAGUAAACCUGCAGCAAUAGGGCAAACAGCUCCCGCCGCUUCUGCACCUGCCAUCUCUGCACUCACCACUUCCUCUCAAAUCACCAAAGCCUUCCAAUUUUCUCCUGCUGGUUCUGGAUUCAAUUUUAGUAGUGUUUCUUCAGGGGUUUCUUCCUCUGCUACCAUAGGAAGCAGCAAAGCAGGUCCAGGAACUGCUGCUCCAACGAAUCAAACCAGCCAGUCACCAUCAUUUGUGUUUGGACCAGUGAACAAGCUUGUGUUUGGUUCUGGGUCUGAAAGUAAUUUUUCUUAUGGAUCUCUUAAACCUGCCAGUGGGCCAGCACCCACAUUGCAGCCUUUACAAACUCCAGCGGUUUCCUCCUCCACCCCCACCAGUAAACCUGAAACUACAGCAACUAAAUCAGAAGAUGGGCUGUUUCAGAGCUUCUCUGGAGGAGAGACUCUAGGGAGCUUCUCUGGCCUACGAGUAGGACAAGCUGAGGAGGCACCCAGAGCUGCUGCUACUGCUCAGCCUGCUAAGUUAUCAAGUUCCAACCCCAUGUUCAGCUUUACUGGAGUGGUACCACCUUCAAAACCUGCAGAAGCAUCUUCCACAACAAACAGUUCCUCAACUGUGCUGUUUGGUAAUGCCCAAACCACAAAUACUGGGUCAUCAUCACUUUUAUUUAGCAAACCUUCAGUGGUCUCGUCAAGCACGACUCCUCCUGUGGAAGCUCCAUCUGUUCAACAGAACACUACAGCUCUGUCUUUUGGAAACCUCCUGAAUGCUGCAUCUUCCACUCCGGCAUCUGGAACUCCAGCUCCUGUUACUGCAGCAUCUGCCACCUUUACUGUGACUUCAGUCCCUGGUCAUGCAGCACCCUCCACUACAGCACCUGUAGUUGCCUUCUUGCCUUCUACACCAUCUUUGGCUCCCUCGGCUCCAGUUCCUGUUCUUGCAGCUCCCAGUUCCUGCACUGAAGUUAAGCAGUUUGUGAAACCAGAUAAAUCACAUGGGGAAGGCUCUGCUCAGCAUCACUCCCCUGCAACUCUCACAAGUGUACAGGCAUCUGCUCCUUUGGCAACUACAAGCAUAUCACCCUUGGUAACAUCUGUUGCCACUGCAGUUCCUACACAGUCUUCACCAGUAGCAGAGUCAGUAGCUUCUUCAGCUGUUCCUGCCUCAGCCGCUUCCAAUCAGAAUGCCAUCAUAACUUCCUCAUCCAUUAUAGUCGCUCCUGCAGCCAGUACCUCAUCCCCCCAAACAGCAGUGAUUGCCACAGCGGCUCCCUCUCCAGCAGCAGCAGCCAGUUCUCAAGUAGCUUCUGCGCCUGCAGACACGGCCACCACAGGAUCUGCAUUUGUCCCAACUGCGGCUUCUACUCCAGCAGCAGCAACCACACCUACCUUUGGUCAAACACCAGGAUCUGGUACAGUUUCAGCUCCAUUUGGUCAAGCUGUCAGCAGCCCGGCUAAUACAGUGGCAAAUACAGGCAGUGGAUUUGGUGCCCCGGCAUUUGGUGUGGCAGGAGUAAGUGGAGGUUUUGGACAGGCAUCAUUUGGCCAAGGGCCCACGUUUUGGAAAGCCCCAGCCAGCUCUGCAAGCAACUUCUCCUUUACCCAGAGUUCUUUUGGUUCCCAACCAGCCUUUGGACAACCUCCUGCUUCUACUGUUGUGUCUAGUAGUGGGAGUCUAUUCGGAAGUUCUGCAAGUACCACCAGCGCCAGCUCUUUUUCCUUUGGACAACCCACAAACAGUGGAACUUCGACUGCAGGAGGUGGUCUCUUUGGGCAGAGCAGUGCCCCAGUCUUUGGACAGAGCUCCGGCUUUGGACAAGGUGCCUCUGUAUUUGGAAGUGCCAGCUCUUCGACAACCACCACUUCUUCUUCUGGAUUUAGCUUUGGUCAGCCUUCAGGUUUUGCUUCAAAUUCUUCUGGAUCCUUGUUUGGACAGUCACAAAACUCCAAUACCAGUGUCUUUGGUCAGCAGCCGCCUUCCUCCAGCGGUGGUCUGUUUGGUUCCAGCAGCGGCACUGGGAGUGGGGGAGGAGGAUUCUUCAGUGGCCUUGGCGGGAAGCCGAGCCAGGAAGCAGCCAACAAGAACCCUUUUGGCGCAACCAGCCCUGGAUUUGGGUCGUCUAACCAGUCCAACCCCAGCAGCCUAUUUGGUAAUAGCGGUGCCAAGACAUUUGGAUUUGGCAGCUCAUCUUUUGGGGAGCAGAAGUCCGCAGGAACCUUCAGUGCAGGAGGCAGUGUAGCCAGCCAAGGGUUUGGCUUCUCCAGCCCGGCAAAGACAGGUGGCUUCGGUGCUGCUCCGGUGUUCGGCAGCCCUCCAACCUUUGGGGGGUCCCCAGGUUUUGGAGGGGUGCCAGCAUUUGGUACAGCGCCAGCCUUUUCAAGCCCUCUGGGCUCUACGGGAGGCAAAGUAUUCGGCGAGGGUACAGCUGCGGCUAACACUGGAGGAUUUGGUUUUGGAAGCAGCACCAGUAACACUACAUUUGGCAGCUUAGCCAGCCAGAACACCCCAACCUUUGGCGCCUUGUCCCAGCAAGGUACGGGCUUUGGGGCGCAGAGCAGCGGCUUCUCAGGAUUUGCUUCUGGUGGUGCCGGAACUGGAACAGGCAGCAGUGGAGGUUUUGGAUUUGGCUCAAACCAGUCCUCAUCAACCUUCGGUGGCGGUUGGAGGAGCUGAGAGAAUAAAAAGAGGAAGCUGACUCAUAUCCUACGGUUCCAGCUUCUCUACUACUAUUUCAUGUCCUCUGUACAGCCUCGUCUUCAAGAAACCACAAAAAUACUCACAUGAUGCUCUGCAGGCCCACAAAAUAUCUCACUUUUUCCAUAGAUACCGUGAAGAAGCUUUAUUUUAGCAGCUUGUCAAUAAAUGUGCUUUCCAUCUUC